GCUUACCUCUUACUGUGCGCGCUGGGAUUGGAGGGCGGCGCGGUGGGUUAGGGUCUAUGACUCGGCUGUCUUCUGGGUUUGCGAAAUGCGCCAUUUUGUUGUUACCGGAGAAGUGGACCGCAACAGAAAGAGUAAGAAGUCCAGUCUUCACGGAAAACCAAGAUGGGGAAUGUGUUUGCAAACCUGUUCAAGGGCCUUUUUGGGAAGAAGGAGAUGAGAAUCCUCAUGGUGGGACUGGAUGCAGCUGGGAAAACGACCAUCCUCUACAAGCUCAAGCUGGGAGAGAUCGUCACCACCAUUCCCACCAUUGGUUUUAAUGUUGAAACGGUAGAAUACAAGAAUAUCAGCUUCACUGUGUGGGAUGUUGGCGGUCAAGACAAAAUUCGUCCUCUGUGGCGCCACUAUUUCCAGAACACACAAGGCCUGAUCUUCGUGGUGGAUAGCAACGACAGGGAACGUGUGAACGAGGCACGGGAGGAGCUGACCCGCAUGCUGGCGGAGGACGAGCUACGGGACGCCGUGCUUCUCGUCUUUGCAAACAAGCAGGACCUGCCUAAUGCGAUGAAUGCCGCAGAGAUCACAGACAAACUGGGCCUGCAUGCCCUGCGGCAGCGCAAUUGGUACAUUCAGGCCACAUGUGCCACCAGUGGCGAUGGCCUCUAUGAGGGUCUGGACUGGCUCUCCAACCAGCUCAAGAACCAGAAAUGAUCCGUUCCACUUCCAGAGUGUCAGGGACAUGCCCCUUCCAGCCCCUGGCCCUGUUUUCUUCUUCUGUCACCCCCCCACCACCACCUCGUUUCCUUGUUUUGGGCCUAUUGCUGGCCAAUACACAUGUCUGUGGGUGUGGGUGCUUGCGUGUGUGUGUGUCUGUGUGUCUGUGUGUUUCUCUGUCUGCUGCGAGUGGGAGCAGCCCCAGCGUGCCUUUUACACACUUCCCGCGGGAGCGAUGGUUCAGCUGUCAUUACCUCGGUGUGAGGGCGGAACCAGGAUGGAAGAUGGCGUCUCUGAAAGAGAACCUGAUCUGCACCACCGUUUUCAGUGUUUAGAUGUGCAUGUUAAAAUGGUUGAAACUGUAAGCCAGUUUAAUUUAAUAUAUAUAAAAAAAUCUAAUUUGUGACCUGUAUCAGGUUGAAAGAGAUUCAAAGACAUUUUCCAUCCUUGAUCCUCCUUCCAAUCCUUGAAAAUCCUGUUUUUUUUUUUUUUUUUCGCCCCGUGUUUUGUUGCAUAAAAAAUCCCAGAAAUCUUGCAGCUGUCUGUCUUAUGAACACUACGUUUUUAAUUUGGAGACCAGAAAGCACAAGCUGUUCAGCAUAGAGGUUUCCUCUCUUAUUAAAUACAAACUUGUCGAUUGCAAAAGCUACAUUGGGGAAAAAACAAUGUGAACCCUCCCCGAAUAGUGUCAGGGUUGGCAAAAGUGGUGGACCUUGUGCAGUUAUGUGUAAAGGCUAUAUGCAGUGUGUAAUAUGGGGUACCACUCCUGAGUGCUACGAAGCAUUAGUGGUUAGUUACUGAAGGGCAGGCUUGACAAUCGCAUACCCACAUUCGACUGGGUUACCUGAUUGUACCGUCUCUUUCCAGACCAGGCUGGAGGUGGUGUCUAUGGGGAAUGCAACUGACAGCAGCUCCUUCACCUGAUUCUGUCUUAGGUUGUAGUGAAGUUAUUUGAAUUUAUACAGUUCGAACUACAAAGGAAGUUCUUGCUAUGGGUUUGAACUUCACUAAACUUAGUACACAGUUAAUAUAAGUCCAUUGAGUAAGAAACUUGCAUCCAAAGCUACUUAGCAGUUACCUGCCUGCUUCUCAAGGUUUUAAGGGGAGUGUAAGCCUUGUUUGAAAGCUUUUGACUUGUAGGAUCUGUAUACUCUGGUGGAAUGUCUUGAAUUCAUAUAGUACCUAAUUGUUCUUUUUUAGUAAUUAUACAAAUGAGAGCUGAAUUAGUGUUUUGGGACACGGAGGCCUUUUCAGAGAGCUGCUCCUACUCUGUGUGUAUUAUUAUUAUUAUUUUCCUGAAUUUUUUUUUGUACAGAGUGCCUGCCUCUGGUUGGCAUGUCUGGAGAGCCAGGUGUACAUUGGUAUAUUUGGAGGUGGGGGUAACUGGGAUUGGUUGGUUUUUGGAUAGUUUUCAGCGGUGCUGGGUCUGAACUGCAGAAACAUGCAGCAUGUUAAAGGGACAGUUGAGGCUGGAGGUCUGGGGCUUAAGUGAUCAAUAUAUUUUUUAAUGAUUUCAUUAUUGUGAUAGGGUGUUUAUUUGACUUUAUUACAGUUUUGCUAUGUACCUGCCGUACGACCAAUCACAAUUUAGGAUUGACGUUUCUCUCCAAUCCCACAUUGGUUCCCAUAAGAAAUUCUCCAUUAAAGGCAUAAUUGUCACACAGCUACGGGACACGUCCUCAUGAUAUGUGACCAGCUGGACAGUCUGUUACUCAUGCAGGAAUCCAAGCUGGACUAGGAAAAAUUUGCUGCCCGUUGCUUGAUCUCAAUGGAGCUUGUAUAGGUGGCUGUGUUCUGUGCCCCUGCAUUAUCCAGACAGCCAUUUCACAUUUGUCUGGGUUUUGGCAAAGGCAGAAACUCAAGAACUGCAGGUUGACAAAUGGUUAUCUGUGUUAACUUCUGUGUUCCUAAACAGCUGAGUUGACAGGAACUAUUAUGUUAUCCUGAAACUUACUAUAUUUUUGACUUGGCCACAGUGCAUGUUCUGCAUACUCUAUCUGUGUGUGGCUGAGAUAUCUUCAGUUAAUACCUUCUUGAGGUAGGGUGGUCUUUGUCUACAGCUGAGCAACUGCAGAAACUUAAGUAAAAUGCACCCAGCUUUCUAAACAUGCAGGUGUAAGUCAAAGAUCCUCAUCUUGACAUUUUAUUUUGUCUACCAUAAAAGCCAUACAGCACAUAAAUCUGGAUUACAAGUAUUAGUGAGAGAAUCACAAAUACCUUAUUGCAUACAUCUUAGGUAGGUCCAUUACGGUUCAGAUGUGAAGCUUUAAGUUUGAGAAAUUUAUAAAUGUUUGUGUGAGUGUGUGUGUGUGAUUUUUAUUUUUUUUUAUUCCUUUUCCCCAAAUGAGUUAAUUUUCCUUUUGUUUUAACUUUUUUUUUAAUCCAUCUUGUAACAUCUGAAAAAAAAUGCACUAUAAUAAAGAUCUCUAUUUCA